AUGGAAGCCUCACAAAAGAACACAGUUGUGGAGAAAAAUGAUGAAGAAGAGCCUGAGAUCAAUUACAGAGGAAUCAAAGCCAUGCCAUAUAUUAUAGGGAAUGAGACUUUUGAGAAGCUUGGAGCACUUGGGCUUCUCUUCAAUCUUCAGAUCUACCUAACAACAGUCUUCAACAUGUCGCGCAUUAAUGCGACUAAUCUUCUCAAUGUGUUCAAUGGCACCACGAAUUUGGCCACAUUAGUCGGUGCCUUCCUUUCCGACACGUUUUUCGGGCGAUACAAGAUGCUCGGUUUCGGCUCCAUCGCCUCCACUCUGGGUUUAGCAGUAAUAACCCUGACGGCCGCAUUCAAGAACCUGCACCCGCCACACUGCGGCCCGGACGACGUCCACUGCGUGGGGCCCACACCGGGACAGACGGGCUUCCUUUUAUCGGGCUUCGGGCUCUUGUUGUUGGGUGCUAGUGCUAUUCGGCCUUGCAACCUCGCGUUCGGGGCCGACCAGUUCAACCCGGGAACAGAGUCGGGCAAGAGGGGCAUCGACAGCUUCUUCAAUUGGUACUUUUUCACGCUCACGUUCGCGCAGAUGGUGGCGGUGACUCUAGUCGUUUACGUGCAAUCGGACGUGAGCUGGUCGGUCGGGCUUGGGAUUCCGGCUGCCUUCAUGUUCGUCUCGUGCUUCUUUUUCUUCGUGGGGACGAAUAUUUACGUGGUGGUGCCGCCGGAGGGCAGCCCGUUCACGAGCGUGGCCCGAGUGGCGGUGGCUGCCACCCGGAAGAGACGGCUGAGGGCCCCACGACAGCCGUGGGUCAGCCUGUUUAAUUAUGCGCCUACGGGGGCCAAGUCGAUCAACUCCAGGCUGCCGUAUACAGAGCAAUUCAGGUUUCUCGACAAGGCUGCGAUCCCGACGCCUGACGACCUGAUCAACCCCGACGGCUCCCCCGGCGACCCCUGGCGCCUCUGCACGAUGCAACAGGUCGAGGAAGUCAAGUGCCUCGUCCGAGUCCUCCCCAUUUGGGCCGCUACCAUCAUCUACCAAGUCGGUGAGAAACAACCCUACGUCGUCUUCCAAGCCAUGCAAUCCGACCGCCGUCUGAGCCCCACCACCUCCUCCUUCCGCAUCCCACCCGCAACCUACUCCGUCUUCUCCAUGCUCACCCUAACCCUUUUCAUCCCUCUCUACGACCGCAUCCUCGUCCCUUCCCUCCGCCGCCUCACCGGCAAACCCGCCGGAAUCACCGUCCUCCAACGCAUGGGAAUCGGAAUCGGCAUCACUGUAGUUCAAUCUUUAACAUCCGCGUUCGUCGAGGCCCGCCGGAGGUCUCUGGCGAUCUCGAGUCCAUUGCAGUUUUCAAAUCGAGGGUCGAUUUCGUCUGCAUCGGCAAUGUGGCUCGUGCCGCAGCUGUCGCUGGCAGGUCUGGCGGAGGCGUUCUGCGCGAUCGGACAGGUCGAGUUUUACUACAAGCAGUUCCCGGAGAACAUGAGGACCGUGGCCGGGUCGUUUUUCUUCUGCGGCUUGGCGGCGGCGGAUUACUUGAAGGGUUUGUUGAUCUCGGCCGUGCACCGGGCGACCGAGGGGUCGCCGGGCGGGAAUUGGUUGCCGGAGGAUCUGAAUAAAGGGAGGUUGGAUUAUUUUUACUAUUUGGUGACGGGUUUGUGCGCGUUGAAUUUGGUGUAUUUUCUUGUGUGUGCUAAGUGGUAUGUGUAUAAGGGGACGAGUGUUGGUGUGGUGGGGGUGGAGGGUAAGGAGAAUAUUGGUAAUAAGAGUGUGGUUUAG